AUUCUCACAUGAGUUAAAAAGCAAAAAUUCUUCGCUACGGGUAAUAGUCCUCUGUGCUGCUUCCAGACGCCUGAGUUCAGAUUUAGUUCCUGUGUAAUCAACUAAGACUACCUCAGCGAUGGCUAAUUCCUCACAAAUGUUUUCCAAAACUCUUUCUGCGACAAGCGAAUAUAACAUCUCGUGUUCCUUGGAUAUUUCUUUUUUCGUUUUCGCUCGCCAGAACUCAUCGUUUGCCUACAUCUUUUUAGCUAUGGGCAGCAUAAUAUGUUCAGUAACAGCUCUUGUCGGUAACACAAUCGUUAUACUCGCUCUUUGGCGCAGUAAAUCGAUGCACUCCGCUACAAAGGCACUGUUCUACAGUCUUGCCAUCUCCGAUCUCGCGACAGGACUGACUCAGCCCUUAUUUGUUGCAUAUCUGUUGGGUGCCGCUUGGGACAACGCAUGGCUUUACUGUACCGUGGGUUUACCGUUCAGUCUGACGACUACUUUCUUUAGUAUGGUGUCUCUAUGGACGCUGAGCAUUAUCGCUGUGGAUAGAUAUCUCGCUCUUCAUCUCCUCACGAGAUACAAGACAGUGGUUACUGUCAAACUUAUUGUUCUUGCUUUAGUUUUGGGCUGGCUCAUCAGUGCCUUUUGUACGGUCUCUGUAAUUUUUACUGUUAAAUUUAGACAGAUAGUCAGUGAUGUUGUGGUUUUUAUCUGUAUUGUCAUUUCCCUGUAUUUUUACGGAAGGAACUACCUAACUUUACGACAGCAAAAACUUCAUGUACAAGCACUGCGCUCGUUUCAAAUGGAACAUUAUCGCAAAUCUCUAAAUAGCAUGUUUCUGAUAUUCUGUUUAUUUUUGCUAACUUAUGUUCCUAUAAUCUCUAUCUUCGUUUUUGUUAUAAUCGAAGGUUUUGGUAGCACAUCGCUUUUUAUAGUAGAUAUAUUGACAUUGAUCGUUAUAGCGAAUUCAUCGAUAAACCCUGUUGUGUAUUGCAUGCGAGUUCGAGAUCUGAAGGUAGAGGCAAUACGUGUCAUCCAAAGCAUUUUCUUAUGUUGGCCAGUUAUUUGGUUUAAAAAGAAAAAGGUGGCUCCUCUUCCAGCAUAAUCUAACGCAAACUAAAUGUUAUCGCAUAAUUUUAUGCUUAGAUAACAAUUGCUGUAAAUAAGUAAUAAUCAAGGUAUCCUGUCUGUGUUACCUCACAGAGCCUUCGACUUCGGCAGAUGACUCAGACCUCGGUUAUGAUAAUUUAUGUAAGUAUGUGCCACACAGGUGAAUAGUGCUUUUUGUAUGCGAUUUUUGGCUGGUUCAUAGGUGAAUAGCACGUGCUAUCCACCUCCGAGCAGCCGAAGAGGUAAAAUCGUGCGUCAAGAGUUUUAUUUCCCGACCAUUUUUUGGUACAUUGAAAGAAAUAAACUAUUUUUUGGUAUCUAUACAUGUGUGGUAUACAUUAAAACAGUUAUUCACCUCAGCAUCG